GGGUCGUGAAUAUCAUCCUUCCAGACAGCGUACUGAAAGCUCGAAUCCGGCAACCACUAUUUGAGGUGGAAAUUCAGGUCAACUUUUUUCUCCCAAGACGGAUAUUGAAAUAAGGGAAGCUUCAAGAUGUCGUACUCAUGGAUGGGACCUCCAUCGAACUUCACUGCGGAUAAUACUGAAACUGGGGGUGAUUCCAGAACGGAGAAUCUGAACCAAUGGUACACAAAAGGGGAUCCAGCAUAUAUUAUCGUAUGCUCGGCCAUGGUACUUGUCAUGGUGCCCGGGCUCGGCUUCCUCUACAGUGGUCUCGCGCGCCGCAAGUCUGCACUCUCCCUCAUUUGGGCUUGUAUAGGUUCAUCGGCGAUCGUUACUUUCCAAUGGUACCUUUGGGGAUACUCGUUAGCCUUCUCCAGGACUGCAACAAAUGGAUUCAUCGGAAACCUUCACCACGCCUUUCUGCGGAACACACUCGGUGCCCCAUCACCCAGUCCUCUCAUUGCAGAACUCCUGUUCAGUUUUUACCAGAUGCAAUUCGCCGCCGUUACUGUUGCUAUCGUUAUGGGCGCUAUUGCUGAGCGAGGGAGGGUUCUACCCGCCAUGGUCUUUGCUUUCUUGUGGACUACUCUUGUUUACUGUCCGAUCGCCUGUUGGGCGUGGAACCCUAGUGGAUGGGCCUUCGAUUAUGGUGUUUUGGACUACGCUGGUGGCGGGCCUGUCGAGAUCGCAUCCGGAGUGGGCGCGCUUGCAUACUCUCUCGUCCUCGGCAAACGUCAAGAGAAGAUGCUCCUCAACUUCAGGCCCCACAAUGUAUCCUUGAUCACCCUCGGCACUAUCCUCCUCUGGUUCGGCUGGCUCGGAUUCAAUGGUGGAUCGUCCUAUGGCGCCAACCUUCGCGCGGUCGUCGCCUGCUGGAACACCAAUCUUACGGCAAUCUUCUCCGGGGUAACAUGGGUCCUCCUCGAUUUCAGAUUGGCGAAGAAAUGGUCAAUGGUCGGUCUCUGCUCAGGCCUCAUCUCUGGCCUCGUGGCGGCAACGCCAGCAUCCGGCUUCAUCAUGCCCCAUGCCAGCAUCCUCCUGGGAGUCGUAACUGGGGUCGUCUGCAACUAUGGCACCAAGGUGAAGUACCUGGUCCGCAUCGACGACGCAAUGGACGUAUUCGCUGAGCAUGGCAUCGCCGGCAUGGUCGGCCUCAUCUUCAAUGCCUUGUUCGGCGCCGACUACAUCAUCGGCCUCGACGGCGUGAACGCGAAUUACGUGGGCGGCUUCGUCAACAAGAAGUGGAAGCAGCUCUACAUCCAGCUCGCCUACAUCGUUGCCUGCACCGCGUACACUUUUGUCGUCACCACCCUCAUCUGCUUCAUCAUCGAUAAGAUCCCCGGACUCGAGCUUCGCGCGAGCGAGCAGGCCGAGCUCUUGGGCAUGGACGACGAUCAACUCGGCGAGUUUGCCUACGAUUAUGUUGAGGUUCGGAGGGAUUAUCUGGCUUGGACACCGGCAAAGGAGCAUCACGACACGAAUUCUCCUGUCACUGCUGGAGAUCGUCAUGGUAUCGCGGCGCACAGUCAAAUGAUUGAUGGACACAGGCCGCAGCAUUCGGGAUCUUCGAACGAGAAAGUUGGAUCGGAAGAGAAACCCAAGAACCAAUAGUUUGUUUCUUUUGUCGUCCUUGCUUUUUUCUCUUCUCUUCUUUUCCCACCCCCCACUGCUCCUUCUUCACCCGUCAUGCUUACUUUCCACCUUAAUUCUUGUCUCCCGCCCCAACUUAUAUCUGUUGACCUAUAUCUAUGUUUUUUUCCCAUUCUCCCUUUUGCAAAACAAUCAGUGUUGGGGGGUGGUUGUCCUUUCUUUCUUUCUCUCUCCUUGUAUCUGGGUAUUGUUUAAAACAGGCUUUUUUUAUUUUUUUUAUUUUUACAAUAACAAACAACUCAGUGCGGGGUGUGACAGA